CAGACUGCAGGCACUCUUAUUAUAGAAGAUGCUACAACAUCUGGUGUUUACAGCUGCAUUGCAUCCAAUAAAAUAGGAACAGAGAGAAGAGAUAUAAGUUUUUUGGUUUCAGAUGUUGCAAAUGGAUUUCACAUAACCCUGGACAAGGUACCAAAAGAAGGCGACAACAUGACAUUAACUUGCUCAGUUAACAAAUACUUGUACACCAACAUAAGCUGGGUUCUGCGCAGGCGAGUUGGGAAUCGUACAAUUGACCACAGCAUCAGCAAACAAAGAAGUGCUACCACAACAGAAUACUCAACCAUUCUAACAGUGACUGUCCAUAAUGCCACCCAGGCUGACUCAGGGGUAUAUGAGUGCAGAGCCACAAACACAUACAGUGGAGACACAGUUUCACAAAGCAAAGAGAUUUUUAUCACAGGAGAGCAUCUGGCUAGAAGAACACAUUUUUCACGGACCUCAAAACAAAGAAGAAAACAUUAUGCAACAGAAAGCAGAGCAGCCCACUAA